AUGGGCAGCCACAUGAGCCGAUUCGGGCCUGAAACUCCGGCCUCUAACAUGACCUCCCACGCCGACCUCAUGGCCCAAGAAUUCGUCACGGCAUUCCGUGAUCUGCAGAAGGACGCUGCGAAUCAUGAAAAGCUGGCCUCUUUUGUCCGUAGACACUAUGUGAACAGGAUCAUCGGGCCCGAGUUCGCCUCAGCACUCACAAACAAGCCAGGUAAUGAUCCUUUGAUCGUUCACAACUUCUUCCAUGAUUUAUCCUCCCAUUAUAAGGAGCAUUUGGUCAUGCUGACGGCACUCAAAUCCAUGGAUGAGAGCUUAGUCAAGCGCAUCGAUUCCAUGGAUGUCUCUAAGAAAGUGUCGACUGUUUUCUUCACGCUAGCUGCCAUGUUCUUCGCGGCUACGGCUGCGAUUGCUGCUGCAAACGCCAACCCCAAGAGGGAAGCGGCCGGGCCGGGAUCUGGGCCAGCAAAGAAUGGGCCCGCAUUGGCAGGGCCAGCUGUGGCAGCGGCAGCAGCAGCGGCCUCCAUUCUGUUUGGUGCAGUCGGGAAAUGGAUCCGUUCACUUCUUAACAAGCGGGAAACUGCAGCAAGGAAACACAAGGAGAUAACUACGUUUAUGAUUAUUGGCGCCAAAUUCGGGAUGGGAGAUCUUAGCGCCAUCCACGCCGUGGCUCGGAGGUUGGAGUUCGAGAACAAAUCUCUGUCGGAAACGGUUGAUGAUGGGAACGACAAAGUGGCCGCUGUGAAACAUGGCUUUGAAGAAUUGGUAGCGAAAGUUGAAGCAUAUAGUGAUAGGAUGAAGUGGGCUAAAGAUGGUGUGCUUCAGACUAUUAUCAAACACUUGAGUUAA